AUGGCCAGUCUGUGGUUCUUGUCCUCAGGGAUCUCCCAGUCCGCCGACGGGGGCUGCAGUGCAUUGCGCAAAAAAACCGUGUACGCCCUCGUCAUCGUGUGCUUCUUUUCUGCGGCUGUAUGGCCCAGAAUAGAGGCUACAUCUGACGGACUCGUACAUAGAGACUCGAUCAAUGAGAGUGGUGCCUCCGGGGGAUCGGCUGGAACCGGCUCGAACUCACCGGGUGGCCCUCCGCGUCGUUCGUCCUCCAUUGUCAGAAGGAAAUGGAAGCAAGUUGAGGUUAAAGUCCCUUCACGGGGUGGCACAGGGUUGUGGUCCGGUGAUUUGAAACCAGUGAAUCUUUAUGCAACCGGAGACUCCUACCUGGUGGAAGGAAGUUCUCCUACUCCAACCCAGCAGCCCGAGCCAGUAACAUCACCUGCAUCUGAACCAACUAGACAACCGCAGCAAACCAGACAUAUCGUAACGCUGCAUGUUGACAUAAACAAAGGCCGCCGACCGCGGUCGCCCUCCCCCCCGCCCCCCAGCUCAAAAGGUUCUGCAGACGACGGUUCUAAAGCCAUGGCGACACAUGUGCUCGUCAGAGAGGAGCCGGACGAACGGAAACCGGCCAUACCCACAAGCGGUGGGUUUGGUGAUGCCAAAUACGUGAAUACGCUGAUUAUCGAACACAAUAAGACGCCCAACAAGGAAACCGGUGCUUCAGAUACGAAGGAUACAGGCAAACACACGGGAGUGCGAGACAGUAGAACCACAGCCGGACCCGUGUGGCUGAAACCAGGGAGCGGCAAGGUAAAAGAAGGCGCUGGUAUAGCAGACACACAGGACACCGAAAAGUCUACAGGAGCGCGAUCCGGUAGAACGUCACCCGGACCCGCGUCGCUAGCAUCAGGAAGUGGCAGGGGAGCAGGAGGCGCUGAUGCAGCAGAGACACAGGACGCCGAAAAGUCCGCACGACCGGGAUCCGGUAAAACAUCAGGCGGACCCCUGUGGCUGAAGCCGGGGAGCGGCAAGGUAAAAGAAGGCGUUGAUGCAACGGAGACACAGGACGCCGAAAAGUCUACAGGAGCGCGAUCCGGUAGAACGUCACCCGGACCCGCGUCGCCAGCAUCAGGAAGUGGCAGGGGAGCAGGAGGCGCUGAUGCAGCAGAGACACAGGACGCCGAAAAGUCCGCACGACCGGGAUCCGGUAAAACAUCAGGCGGACCCCUGUGGCUGAAGCCGGGGAGCGGCAAGGUAAAAGAAGGCGUCGAUGCAACGGAGACACAGGACGCCGAAAAGUCUACAGGAGCGCGAUCCGGUAGAACGUCACCCGGACCCGCGUCGCCAGCAUCAGGAAGUGGCAGGGGAGCAGGAGGCGCUGAUGCAGCAGAGACACAGGACGCCGAAAAGUCCGCACGACCGAGAUCCGGUAAAACAUCAGGCGGACCCCUGUGGCUGAAGCCGGGGAGCGGCAAGGUAAAAGAAGGCGUUGAUGCAACGGAGACACAGGACGCCGAAAAGUCUACAGGAGCGCGAUCCGGUAGAACGUCACCCGGACCCGCGUCGCCAGCAUCAGGAAGUGGCAGGGGAGCAGGAGGCGCUGAUGCAGCAGAGACACAGGACGCCGAAAAGCCCGCAGGAGCGCGAUCCGGUAGAACGUCACCCGGACCCGCGUCGCCAGCAUCAGGAAGUGGCAGGGGAGCAGGAGGCGCUGAUGCAGCAGAGACACAGGACGCCGAAAAGCCCGCAGGAGCGCGAUCCGGUAGAACGUCACCCGGACCCGCGUCGCCAGCAUCAGGAAGUGGCAGGGGAGCAGGAGGCGCUGAUGCAGCAGAGACACAGGACGCCGAAAGGCCCGCAGGAGCGCGAUCCGGUAGAACGUCACCCGGACCCGCGUCGCUAGCAUCAGGAAGUGGCAGGGGAGCAGGAGGCGCUGAUGCAGCAGAGACACAGGACGCCGAAACGUCCGCACGACCGGGAUCCGGUAAAACAUCAGGCGGACCCCUGUGGCUGAAGCCGGGGAGCGGCAAGGUAAAAGAAGGCGUUGAUGCAACGGAGACACAGGACGCCGAAAAGUCUACAGGAGCGCGAUCCGGUAGAACGUCACCCGGACCCGCGUCGCCAGCAUCAGGAAGUGGCAGGGGAGCAGGAGGCGCUGAUGCAGCAGAGACACAGGACGCCGAAAAGUUUACAGGAGCGGGAUCCGGUAGAACUUCAUCCGGACCCCCGUCGGUGGUACAAGGAUCUGAGAAGACGACAUCAGCGGGCCCCACUCCGAUGCCAGCCGGAGAUGGUGAGUCCCAGAGCAGAACGACAGGGAUGCCGUCAGCAGACUCAUUAGGCGAGAAGCCAGAGAAAGCUUCAGAAUUAUCCCAACCUUUAGUGAGGCUCGCUCCCCGUGGUGGUCCAAUCACACCCGUCAAAGAAGACGUGCAGCACGUGUCCAGGUCACCGCCGACUCCGGAUGAGAAGGCCUCCAGUGCUGGUCCCCUUGGUCCUAGCCAGUCUCCUGAAGGGGAGCCGUCACUCCUGGCACCGCCGACUUCUGAUGAGGAGGUUGCUGUCGCUGGUCACCUUCAGCCGGGCCCUACAACACCGAUGGUAUCGGGAUCAGAUUCAGAUCGCGUUUCGCAAAACGUAUCCGUGAAUGAACGGACGGAUGAGGGAGCACCAGGAUCACCAGACGGCCGCACGCAUCAGUUACGGUCAGGCAGAGCAGGAAGCGAUCAACCCGUAUGUGGUCCAGUAGUAUCCCAAUUCGAACAAACAUUCCGAAAGGCCUACAAGGAAUCACUCUCUGCCAUUGAAGAGUUGGACGAUGGUCCUCGGUGCGUAACGUCUAUUUUAGGAAAAAUUGGAACCCCCGUUCACCGAAAGUUCCCUGAAGUUCGAACUGAAGUUGUUGAGGCACUGGUCGUCUCUGCCCGAAUGAGACGGCUGGUCCAAGCAGUGGAGGAAGCGCUGAAAGCAAUGCGCGGUCGUGGUGUGCGCAACUUGCACAGCAAUUCGGCGAUUGAUGCGGCGCUAAACUUACUCGGUGCAGAGAUCGCCGUCGGCGAUGCUGUAAAGGAGAUUGGCCCCAAUAACCAGCUGCUUUCUCGGCCUUGGAACGUGGAGGGAGUUGAGGGACAACGCCUAAAUUGCAGGAGUGGCGAUGAAGUGCGCACGUUGGACGCGGACAAGGUCGUGAAAACCGUCGAUACCUACCACACCAUCAUUGCGGACUUGUGUCUGACAAAGAGUUGGACCGAAGUUGAGAAAAACAAUCCCAGCCUUUUUAAGGCGCUUCAGAAAGUCAUGUCGGCGCAAGGAUGGUGGAAUGCGUAUACACAAGCGAAGGCGAAACGAAACUGGGCCAUACUCUUGAAGAGUAUGGAGAAUGGACAGCAGCCAACUGGAUCACUAGCGUUGACGGAUGCAGUUCGCCAAACACGUUCGGAGAAGUUGAUCGGCAUGGACGAGAGGACAAGUCGCGGAGAAGAUAUUUCUUUAACCCUACCUUAUCUCUCGGUGACCCAAAUUGUCAGGUUUCUGGAAACGUACCAUCUUUAUAAAAAAACCUUCGCGGUCCAAGGCUGCAUGCCCCUUUCUAGCGCCACCGCUGCCGCCGAGUCCGACCUACUUGGAGUUAUCACCGAUUUUGGAAAUAACCCUCUAGAUGAUGUUCAAAAGGAGAUCGAUGUGGAGGCAGAUGGUCCUGCCUGCCUUGCAGCAAUCGAUUUUUUCUUUUCACGCAAAACUCUACGGACGUGCUCAACCGAAUGGAGACGCAAAGUGUCUUGGCCACCAAAGAUUGUCAAUAUGAACGGUGCCAUCGCACUGAGGCAGUUCUUCUCGCAGGCCUGCGAGGCAAAGCUUCCCACAGGGUUUCCAGUUGCCUACAUGAAGAAAUGCAACAUGGCUUGUCUCCGUCGGCUCUGGCAACUCACGAAGCCGUACGGAAAGGCGAAAAGCCUGUCACAAAGUGUUCGCGUCGGUGGUGCCUUCAUUCGGUCGGCUCUGAAGUACGAGUGGAAGAGUCUUCUCUUGCUAGAAGAUCUUGGCUCCUCCAUGGCAGAUGUUGCAAUGUCUGUUGAACCCGAAAAAGAUCCGCUGAAGCAACUGGAGAUGGACAUUUGCGUCGCGGGUUGGUUCAAAAGACAGAAAGCGGAAAGUCUUCAACAAGAUUUCGGCUUCGAUUUCUACAAUCCCCUACUCGUUGGAACCUAUGCCGUCACUCACUUGCGCGCCCUCUUGUCCGCGACGCAGGGUGGCUUGAAGAGCGCUGACUCAGCUGAGAUGGAGAACAGUGAACCUCUGAGUGGUCUAUUCAGAACUCUUAUGUGUAAAUCGCCGUACGCGGUCCCCAUCUCAUCUUUCCUUCUUCAAGCCAGUGCAUUUUUGCAUGUGGAUGUCGAGCAAGCAAAGAAAAAGGAAUACGUCAAGGCAGUCGCUGUGAUGGCAAGCGGUGUCUUUGAUGAGAAAAAUUUCGAUGGUUCCAGGAAGUGGAUCAAGCAACAAGUCAUCAAGUUCGUAAAGUUGUUCAUGCCUGGGUAUUUUGAUGGAAAGAAUCCCGCUAGAGAUGGUCCAAACAAGCUCUUCCCUUUCACUAAAAUGGCCGUGGUCAUGUGGAUGCUUGGCCUCACGGACCCUGAAAACACUCCAGUACCUCCCCCAUCUCCGAAACUCUUCUUCGCCAGUAUUCUCUACAAUAAAGGUAAAGACCCCGUCGAUAAGAUGGCAGAUGAAAUCAAGGCCGAAUGCAAGAAGGCUGCAGUGAACCUCCCCGCCUGGCUCAGCACAAACAUUCGACCAACGCCAAAAAAAAUCAAACUUGGAGAUAUCCGCCAAAAACUGAUUUCUGGUCUAAAAUUUGGCAUAUCUCAGACUGGUGAUUUCCAGCAGGCCACGCGUGACGUCGAGAAUCUGGUACAGGGAUGCAAGGGCCUCCUGCUCGACUUUAACAACCCCGCUCACAGGGCCUUGUUUGAGAAUCACCACUGCAUGGCGUUGCAGAAGAACGCUUUAUUGUUUCUAAAGAAAAUAUUUAAAGGUACAAAAAAGCUGCCGCCGGCCGACCAGGUUAAAGAGGCAUUCGAUUUCUUGAUCCAGGUUCACGCAGUCUACUCCAAUGAUGACAGCGGCCGCAUGGCAAAAAGUUUCGCCGAGUGGAAGAGAACAGGGAAGCCAUACGAUGACGAGUAUCCCCUGCGGGAGAUCAGCUGUCGCUGGAAAAAUAAUCCGGAGACUCAACACGCCAUGCUCGAGCAAGCCUUGAAACACGAGGACCCAGAAGCAGGAAACUACAAGGUGCCACAUUCCUUCGACACUUGCCCCGCGCACAUGGUUGAUGCCUUUACUACGAGUCCGGAGCUUGCCGGAAUUCCUGGUGACCAAGGCUUAUAUCCCGUGCUUUCUGCUUACUUCUGA